AUGGGUAUCGAUAUCAAGAAGCACCACGUCAGGAACGGACGCCGCACGGCGCCCAAGAGCGAGGACCCUUACCUCCUCCUCCUCGUCAAGCUCUACCGCUUCCUGGCCCGCCGCACUGACUCGAAGUUCAACAAGGUUGUCCUCCGACGCCUCUUUAUGUCGAAGAUCAACCAGCCCCCGGUCUCGGUUUCGCGCGCCAUCUACCUUGCUGGCAACCGCGGCGGUGUCGCCAAGAAGGAGGGCGAGACGCCCAAGACGAUUGUCGUCGUCGGUGCCAUCACUGACGACAACCGGGUCCUCGAGCUGCCCAAGCUCAGCAUCGCCGCGCUGCGAUUCACCAACACUGCGCGCGCCCGCAUCGAGGCGGCCGGCGGCGAGUGCCUGACGCUCGACCAGCUUGCCCAGCGUGCUCCUACCGGCUCGAACGUCAUCCUGCUCCGCGGCCCCAAGAACUCGCGCGAGGCCGUCAAGCACUUCGGCUUCGGCCCGCACAAGAACAAGAAGCCCUACGUCCGCUCCAAGGGCAGGAAGUUCGAGAAGGCCCGUGGUCGCCGUGCCUCGCGUGGCUUCAAGGUGUAA